AUGCGAAAAUUGAAAUGGGACGACAUGGGAGUGAAGAUAGAUGGUCGGCAGCUACACCAUUUACGCUUUGCUGAUGACAUCGUACUGAUAACACCUAGCAUCAGCCAAGCGCAACGAAUGCUGACCGAAUUCGACGAAACAUGUGGAUGCAUCGGUCUUCAGCUGAAUCUACAAAAGACGAUGUUCAUGCGGAACGGAUGGGUCUCAGAUGCCCCAUUCACGCCCAGCAGAACGAACAUAUCCGAAUGCACCAGCUACGUUUAUCUGGGUCGGGAACUGAACAUGAUGAACGACUUGACCUCCGAGCUGGGCAGGAGGAGACGAGCGGCUUGGGGAGCGAAGAAGGAAAGAAAAAGGAGGAUCCACUGGGUGACUUUGGCACGUGAUCGGGACAAAUGA